AAACCCGUACAGACAGCACCCGUAGUCGGGGUCGAACCCGGGUCUCUGGCGCUGCAAACGUUGUAAGAUAGUAACUCUACCGCUGCGCCACCGUGCCGCCCUACGCAUCCCAUGGCAUUUUAUGUCACAUGAAAAGCCUACAUAAAAUGAAAUCAUUUGCUAUGUUUGUAUUGUCUCAAUUAAAAAAUACUAGAGUUUAAUAACAGGGAUAAAUGCGAUUAAUUAGAUAUAUGGAUACAAUUCCACCACAGUCACCUACCUCCUACUCCAGUAUAACUGAGAAAUUUAAAAUUGAAAUCGAACCAAAAAAAAGAACAAAAAGCUUAAACAAAUAUUUUUCUCUAUGUCACUGAGCGGCAUGGUGGUGCAGCGGUAGAGUUGCUGCAUUGCAGCGCCAAAGACCCGGGUUCGAUCCUGGCUACGGCUGCUGUCUGUACAGAGUUUGUACGUUCUCCCCGUGACCCGCGUGGGUUUUCCCUGAGAUCUCCGGUUUCCUCCCGCACUCCAAAGGCAGACAGGUUAGCAGGUCAAUUGUUUUUUUUAUAUGUGUAAACUGUCCCUAGUGUGUGUAGGAUAGUGUUAAUGUGCAGGGAUCACUGGUCGGUGUGGACCCAAUGGGCUGAAGGGCCUGUUUCAGUGCUGUAUCUCUAACACUGAAAGAAUGGUAAACAUUAAUAGUCUACAGCAACUACUCCCUACUGCCACUUAAUAUAUUAAACCCCACUGGCAUAAAUUUGUUUAUAUGAAGCCAAAAGCAGCAAUGUUAGCGGAAUGCCAUAUUUUAUUCUCUUGCCAGUUAACUGGGUAAUAAAAUCAAUCAAAAUUGCAUGAAGAAAAAACCAUUAGACAUGAAUGAAUGAUUUGCCUGGUGAAAAUUAGCUGUCUUUGAUGCUGAUUUUAAUCACUUGAAUGGUUUCUAUUGGUUUUUGGCACAAUGCCCAUGAAUUCUGAUGUUACAGCCCGUUCCCAGCCACCUGUAUUUGCCAGGGGCCUCCAUUUAUCUGGAGUGGAUGUUCCCAAGAUUCCCAAUUUGCUGCCUUGAAGCUUGCUCCAUCCUCGAUGAUGAGCACCUGUGUGUUGGCGGAUCUUCUCAGACGGGGAAUUAACCAGAUUAACCUGCAUGCCUUUGGAGUGUGGGAGGAAACCGGAGCACCCGGAGGAAAGCCACGUGGUGACGGGGAGAACGUACCAACUCCGUACAGACAGCGCCCGUAGUCAGGAUCGAACCUGCGUCUCUGGCGCUGUAAGGCAGUAGCUCUACCGCUGUGCCACCGUGCUGCCCCUGAAGUGCAAGGUGAUGGUAGAUGCCACAGAAAGCUGUGGAGUCCAAGUCAAAGGAUAUUUUUAAGGCAGAGAUAGAUAGAUUCUUGAUUAGUACGUGUGCAACGAGUUAUGGGGAGAAGGCAGGAGAAAGGGGUUCAGAUAGGGAAAGAUGGUUCUCUCCAAAACCCCUGACUAAUCGGGGUACCAAUUAGUUAUUUAGGACAUUGAGUGGUAUGAUCUUGUUAUAACAUCUGUUGCAAUUUAUCUUUGCAGAUACAUUGAUCAGUCUUUGAGCCAUAAACCAUGGCGGAUCUGAGGGAGGAUGAACAGGAUCAGGAAAUGCUGGAAAACUCUUCCAAGCCUUCGGUCGCAGAAGAAACCAUCCAGAAACAAAGCACAAAACCUAUUGCUUCCCACGGCAAAGGUAUCGUCAUCCAUUUAACAUCACCAGCGAAUAAUGAGGACUGGGCUAACUUAGAGGAACGAGAACCAACCUCUUCAGUAAGGAGAGAGUAUGUUGGAGGAACCUCAUCGGUGGAGCAUAAGGAAGGAAUAUCAGAAGUGAACGUUCACUUUCUGGAGGAGUGCCCAAGCCUACAGUUGCCGACCUCAUCUCUGCCUUCGUCUCCCUCUGUUUCUGGAUUCUUUGGCGAAUUAUUUUUCCCCUCGGUUUCAUCCCCUGUGUCCUCUUCGCUCAACUCCUCCAGCUCGUCAGAGUCGACUCCUUUCAUCAGCCUGGUCAAAUCCCUGUCGGCAGAGAUGGAAUCCAGGGACGGGUCCUCCUCCUCCUCCUCCUCCUCCUCCUCCUCCUCCUCCUCCCUGAAGCCAAAGCCUCUGCUCAACCUGGUGAAGUCCAUCUCCACCGAGACCUCACGCCACGAGCCGGAGGUAACGCAAUCCAAGUCGGACUCCAAGUUGAACUUGCACCUUUGGCGACAGUUUACGCAGCCCAGGGGGAGAAACGGCGACUCCAAGACCGCUCCGCCCUCGCCCCUGCGAUCGCCCGGCGCCGAGUGCAAGGUGAGUUUUUUCAAAGUUCCCGAAGUCGAAGCCAAACUGGAAGACACCAAGAGGAAACUCUCGGAGGCCAUGCAAGAGCCCUUGAACAUGCUGAGCAAGAUGAUCGGAGAUGAGAGUGGCGGGAGCCCCAAGUUCAGACCAUCGCAAAGGCAUUCAAACACCGUGGCUGGCCCCGAGUCCCCCUGCGUUGCUGCUUCUGGUUGGGAGCAGCGAUGCAGCAAUGAUGCAGGCAGCAGCAAGAACGCAAGGACCGGACUGGAGAAGUUCAGGAUGGAGAUGCUGAAAGCGGAAAGGAAGGAGACUGACAGGCAGUCCAACGCUCAGAGUUCACCGGGAGGGCACAGCAAGAAGGGGAAGCAGAAGAAACAAUGUCUGUCCUUCGCUCAAACCAGCGGUGCCGACGACGGGACCACCACCAGGUAUGAGAUCUGCUCCUUUGGAGAUGUGCUUCAGAUUGUGGAGACAAAGUCCAGUGAAGACCACUCACUGUGCAGCCAGGAACCAUCGUCCUCCCUCGCCAGUUCGCCCUUGACUCCAUGCUCUCCUCCCAAAGUGCCAAGUAAAAGGCUGCUGUGUUUUGCCACUCUCGCUUACAGCUACUUUGUCUUCCCUUUGCCAGCCUUCCUCUCCGGCCUCUCCCUCGGCCUUGUCUGUGGCUUUAUGAUCGGACUGCUCAUCAUCUCCCUGCACACACCCAGGCGAUCGCAACCUGCUCUGCGCACCAAUAAACACAUUCAACCAGAUAACAUCAUUAGAGAACCCAGGGACUCUGAAGUUGUGAAGGGCUGGAUGAAUGAGAUCUGCAGCUACGAUCCUGAGACCUACCAUCCUUCCCUGACCUUCUCCGUCUUUGUGACCCUCGAGGGAACUGCGCUGAAGCUCUCCUACCCUAGAAGCAACCUGCCGCGGCGCGCGACCUUUGACGAAGGCAAGCACGAUGUGGUCUUCAUCAGCCAUCGCUCCUGUGACCUUGCUGAUAGCAAGGUUUUCCUCGUGCCACCCGGCCUUGCAAAGAAGAGAAUAUGGAAUAAGAAGUAUCCCAUCUGUAUUUACCUCUGUGAGUCUGAGGCCAUCAGAUCUAGAUCUUCUGGAGAUAGAAAAAUGAAGAUGGACACGGACAGUGAAGACGCAGAGAUCGCACCACAAGAUCUCCAGCUGAGAGCGCCCAGAGAAGGCAGAGAAAACGCACUCUUCCUCUUUGGAAGAACAGGCAGGGAAAAAGAAGAAUGGUUCCGAUAUUUCCUUUUGGCUUCUCGAGUCCAAUCAGACGACAGACAGAACCAUAGCAGAGGUCCUGCAUCAAAUCUAGGCUCCAGCCCAUCUGGGCGAUGGGCCUGCAGUGACAGCAGCAGUAACAGUGACAGCACUGAAUACCUCCCCUCCCUCUUUAAAACCAAGGAGUUGGCUGGGAACAUCAAACAGAAGAUCCUUCUGGACUACAGCAGAUACAUGUCCAAGUUGAUUGUUUCAGACAGCUGCAGUCCUUUGUUGAGCCCCAACCACAGCACGGCCAGCAGUCCCACCAACAACCAGAUGCCAAGCAGCGGAGAGCCCCAAGUGUCCUGGAUAAAUGCACUGAUUGGGCGGAUCUUCUGGGACUUUUUGCGGGAAAAGUACUGGGCUGAUCUCGUGGCUAACAAAAUUCAGAAGAAAUUAAGUAAAAUCAGGUUGCCCUACUUCAUGAACGAGCUCGCUCUCACUGAGUUGGACUUGGGGGCUUUGCUACCUACUAUCACCCACACCUCCAGCCCUUUAGUCAAUCCAAGAGGGCUGUGGGUAGAUUUGGAAAUCACCUACAAUGGGGCGUUACAGAUGACACUGGAAACCAAAAUGAACCUUUGCAAGUUGGGCAAAGAAUUUCUCCCAGAAGGGGUGAAUUUAGCUGACACGCCAACAGAGAGAUCAAAGCCGCGGACCCUAGUGCUGACCGACAGCGAUGAAGAGUCUUCAAGUGCUGGUUCUUCGGAUGAAGACGAAGUGUCCACAGCAGAAAUGCAAGGAACCGCAGUUGACAAAUUGGGCUCAGCUGGUGUGGAAGGGUGCAGCGCAGGAUCCAGUACCAGCAGAAAGAUUCUCAGGUUCGUGGACAAGAUCGCCAAAUCAAAAUACUUCCAAAAGGCCACGGAGAAUGAGUUCAUCAAAAAGAAAAUCGAGGAAGUGUCCAACACUCCGUUGCUGCUGACCGUGGAGGUUCAGGAGCUGACUGGAACGCUGGUAGUCAAUAUUCCACCUCCUCCCACCGACCGAAUAUGGUACAGCUUCCGGAUCCCACCCAGACUCGAGUUCAAGGUGCGCCCAAAGCUGGGAGAACAUGAAGUGACUUUCACGCACGUGACCGAGUGGAUUGAGAAGAAGUUGCAACAUGAAUUCCAGAAAGUUUUUGUGAUGCCAAACAUGGACGAUAUCUAUAUUCCUAUCAUGCACUCCAGCCUUGAUAAACCAGGACACUGCAAGCAAUCUCCAUCAGACGUGACUGAGCGGGCUUCCUCUGACAAUGCAGAGAAAUACUGACAACACCCUGCUAUAUUCUGGGGAAAGGUGAUCUUUUAUUCCUCUCUGAGGUUUGCCAAAAAGGAUUAUUUUCCCGCUCGCAAAUACUUGAAAAAUGGAAAUGGAGGAUCGAAUUGAAUUGAAGAUUUCCUUUUCGAACUGACGCUCAGUUGGUGCAUAGUUUGGGACGUCUAACUUCUCCCUCGAUUUUUCUUCGUUCUUGACAUUAAAUAAUGAAUCUAGUUUGUUCUCGAAUGACUUGCACUGUACAAAUUCCCAACUGAAACAUCUCGGUGAAGAUUCAACUGUGGAGGACUUGGCCAAGACAUUGAUUCUAUUUUUUAACCCAACAUCGCACUUAUUCUCCCAGAACGAGUAUCGAACAGCGAUUAAGAAUCCCCAGUUCUCCGCUUCUUACUUACUUGUGGGGUCGUGGCACAAGAUGUGCAAACUUCAAUGAGUUGCCCACAAUAAUCAAGUUUGAUAUUUAAUACUAACCAAUGCAAAGGAAGUACAGUUCAUGCACUAUGUGUAAUGCAUGGCUAAUCCAAUACUACACGUGGAGUGCUACUGGCCAAGACUAAUUGGUACUCUUGCAUGAAUUUAUACUUAGCAAUUUUGGCUGCAAUCAGAGAUACAGUGUGAAACCCUCACCGAGUCCGCGCUGAACAGCCAUGAGUGUGGAAGAAGGAACUGCAGAUGCUGGUUUAAACCGAAGACAGUCUGAAGAAGGGUCUCGACCUGAAACGUCACCCUUUCCUUCUCUCCAGAGAUGCUGCCAGUCCCGCUGAGUUUUUGUGUCUAAUCCCAUGCACUAGCUCCAUCCUACACACUAGAAGCAUUUUACCAGCCCACCGACAUUCUUUGUAAUGUGGGAGGAAUCCGGAGCACCCCGGGAAAACGUACAAAGUCACAGGAAGAACGUGCAAACUCCGUACAGACAGCUACCCCUAGUCAGGAUCGAACCCGGGUCAAUGGAGCAAUGAGGCAACAACUCUACCACUGUGCACCUUUUGAAAAUGGUGACGGUAGUGUUUUCCUGUUUUGGGUUGGCACUCCCAUUUUAAUUACCCAAAAAUGCCAUUAGAUAUGAAUUUUCAAAUAAGUAGUAAUUUAUUUACUAUGCUCCAGUAUCCACUCACAUCGCAAAGCCGUGCGGGGUUUGGAAGUUAAAUAGCCUCAGUAAAUCGCCCCUGGUAUGCAGGGAGUGGGUGAGAACAUGCGUUAGCGUAGAACUAGUGUGAACGGGUGACCAAUGGUCGCCCUGGACUCGAUGUGCUGAAGAGCCUGUUUCCACGCUGUAUCUUUAACCUAAACUAAACUCAUUAGAGCCUUAUCUACCAGCCUUCCUUACGUACGACACACAAAAACUACAUUUGGACAGAAAACCCAGCCUCCUUCAUCCUCUGAAGAAGGGUCCCGACCCAAAGCAUCACCUAUCCAUAUUCUCCAGGGUUGCUGUCUGCCACACAGAGUUACUCCAGCACUUUGUGUCUUUUUAAAAAAUAAAUUAAAGAUACUGUUCGCCUGCUGAUAUUUGUACAUCGGUGGCAGUUUUGGCAACAAGAAUUUGUGAGCCCUGAAAAUGUUGCUUUCUGCUUCUUUGUUUGGAAUGGUCCAAGUUCUGAAAAACUGACACCUGGUGCCUCAUCUAAACAAGUAUCUCUUCAUCAAAAACGAAUAACUGGAAAAAGGAUGGACAUAAAAUGCUGCAGUAACAGCGGGUCAGGCAGCAUCUGUGGAGAAGAGGAGUAGGUGAUGUUUUGGUCCGAGACCCUUCUUCAGACCUUCAGAAGACCCGGAAACGUCAUCUAUUCCUUUCCACCAGAGGUGCUGCCUGACCCGCUGAGUUACUCCAGCAUUUUGUGUUUAUCUUCAGUGUAAACCAGCAUCUGCAGUUCCUUAACGGUCUCGACCCGAAACGUCGCCCAUUCCUUCUCGCCAGAGAUGCUGCCUCACCCGCUGAGUUACUCCAGCAUUUUGAGUCUACCUUUGAUUUAAACCAGCAUCUGCAGUUCUUUCUUACACAUCUGCAAUUCCAUCCUACACUAUAUGGUAAAGGAUGAGCAGGAGGGUCAGAGAAAGGGAGAUAUUUUUAACCUGAGAAAUAUUCAUGUAACUAUUUAUUGUAUUUUUCUACAGGGCUGUUCCAGCCACAGGAAUAGAAAAGUGGAAUUGUAAAGCCUUUGUACAAACUGUCCCUCUUUUAUUCAUGCAUGUUGCACAUUUUAGAAACAUAGAAACAUAGGUGCAGGAAUGGGCCAUUGGGCCCAUCGAGCCAGCACCGCCAUCCAAUAUGAUCAUUGCUGAUCAUCUAAAAUCAGUACCCCGUUCCUGCUUUUUGUCCCACAUCCUUUGAUGCCUUUAGCCCCAAGAGCUAAAUCUAACUCGUUCUAGAAAACAUCCAGUGAAUUGGCCUCCACUGCCUUUUGUGGCACACAUUCACAACUCUCUGGGUGAAGAUGUUUUUCCUCAUCUCAGUCCUAAAUGGCCUACCCUUUAUUCUUAAACUGUGACUCCUGGUUCUGGACUCCCACAACAUCGAGUACGUUUUUCCUUCAUCUAGCCUGUCCAAUCACUUAAGAAUUUUAUAUGUUUCUAUAAGAUCCCCUUCUCAUCCUAAAUUCCAGUGAAUAUAUUAUUUAAGGCAAAGUGUUAAGUGCAAUAACCUGAUUAUUGUAUGUUGAUUUUUUUUUAAAGAAUCCUCUUUGUAUUUGUUGUCUAUUGCCAGAAGGCAUUUGUGUAAAGAAUGAUGAAUGGCAGGUAUGCAUGUAGUAUUUUUAAAAUAAAACAAAAAUAUAUAGU